UCUUCAAAGUCACUCAACUCCAACAACGACCAUGCAAGUCUCGCCUCACGAUCCCGCCGUCAUCAACACGGCUGUUGGCGCGCUCGUCGCAAUCGGCGGCAUUGCUGGCUUUGCCAAGUCGCGCUCGGCCCCGUCGCUGAUUGCCGGCGUUAGCUUUGGCGCCAUCUACGCGUACUCGGGAUACCUCAUUGCGCAUGGCAACCCUGUGCUCGGACACCAGAUUGCAGCAGGCGCUUCGCUUCUUCUCGCUGGCACGAUGGGCACUCGCGCGCUUCGCACUGGCAAGUUCAUGCCAGCGGGUCUUGUUGCCGGUAUUGCUGUUGCGGCACUGGCCUACAACCUUCCCCGCGCCCAGCUGUGGUGAUUCGGAAAGCUGUUUUCCUGUGCGAGUCUGUUCCUCGCCCCAGAUGAUGGCAAAAUGCAGACAUCAAUACACUGUUGCUAGAUGUCCA